AACAAAAACAGAACAGUGACGUCGCCGAAACAUCGUGGCAGUCUCGUGGCGGCCUUCUUGAUCGCGUUCCAUUCACCAGUACUGUAGUGUUGGUAGUCGCGUCAUGUCCAAGUUCACGUUCACGUUCGUCGCGCUGGCCCUCGCGGCCAAUCUAGUCGCCUGCGACGACAAAAAUAAAAACGGAUCGGAAAAACUGAAAAUUGACGUGAUCAGCGUGCCGGAGGGCUGUGAUGUGAAGUCCAAAAGCGGGGAUAUGCUGACCAUGCACUACACGGGGACGCUGACGGACGGCACCAAGUUCGACUCCAGUUUGGACCGCGAGCAACCCUUCAGUUUUCAGUUGGGUGUCGGACAAGUAAUUAAGGGUUGGGACCAAGGCCUACUCGAUAUGUGUGUAGGCGAGAAGCGAAAACUGACCAUUCCUCCAAGCUUAGGUUAUGGCGACCGUGGCGCCGGAAACGUCAUUCCAGGUGGCGCCACACUUAUGUUCGAAGUAGAACUAAUUAAUAUUGGGGAUUCACCACCAACUACCAACGUGUUCAAAGAAAUCGAUUUUGAUAAGGAUAACCAGCUGAGUAGAGAAGAGGUUAGCGAAUACCUAAAGAAGCAAAUGGUGGCCGCCGAAGGCGAGACGCCGAGCGAAGAAAUGAAAAACAUGUUGGCCGACCAUGACAAGCUCGUCGAAGAGAUCUUCCAGCACGAAGACAAAGACAAGAACGGAUUCAUAUCACACGAUGAGUUCUCCGGUCCCAAACACGACGAAUUGUGAACGACUGACGACGUAGUUUAUAGCAAACGCGGUGCGAGGUUAUAGACUGCAACUUCUUUUUUUACUUUUUAUACAGUGUGUUGCGGACAACGAAAUUGGGAAUUUUACUUUGUUUUUUUCAGAAUUAUGUUCGCUCGACAACACAUUCCUGGGAAAACGUAAUUUAUUUUGAAUUUUGUUUCGGCUUACAAUUGUUAUAUUCAUUCACUAUAGAUACAAGUUAAUUUUAGUGCAAUCUAUUGUAUGUUGUUAUACUAUUAAAGUUAAUAAACGUGUUUCUAAUAAAUAA